UUACUUCAAUGCUCCAAAAAUAACAUGCUAGGCAAUCUCUGCUGUUCGUCGGCCUCGUCGCCUUUUGGCUUGUUUGCAGGGCUGCCCUCAUUUCUUCUCCCUACCGCAUCUCUAUUGUCUGCUUUGGCCUGAGCGGACUCAGAACGGUAAGACUCAUCAGGAAGAAGGGAAAGGUGCCCCGGAGGAAGAAGAUUUAGGGAGGAAAAAUGAGCGUGAUCGACAUAUUGACCCGUGUUGAUUCGAUCUGCAAGAAAUACGACAAGUACGACGUCGAUAAACAGCGCGGCGACGGCGGGAAUUUCUCCAGCGACGAUGCCUUCGCCCGCCUCUACUCGUCCGUCGAAGCCGACAUCGAGGCCGCCCUAAGUAAAUCGGAAUUGGCGUCUCAAGAGAAGAACAGGGCGGCGGUCGUGGCGAUGAAUGCGGAGAUCCGGCGCACCAAGGCCAAGUUACUCGAGGAGGUCCCCAAACUGCAGAGAUUGGCGUAUAAGAAGGUUAAAGGGCUUACAAAAGAAGAUCUUGCUGCACGAAAUGAUAUGGUUCUUGCAUUGCCAGAUAGAAUUCAAUCGAUUCCUGAUGGAACUUCAAAUGGAACCAAACAAACUGGAGGCUGGACAGCUUCUGCUUCUCGCACUGAAAUUAAAUUCGACUCUCCCUCAGAUGGAAGUUUCGAUGCUAAUUACUUUCAGCAGACAGAAGAAUCAAACAAAUUUAGGCAGGAGUUUGAGAUGCGCAAAAUGAAACAGGAUCAAGGCUUAGACACUAUAGCUGAAGGACUGGAUACGCUGAAAAACAUGGCCCAUGAUAUGAAUGAGGAAUUGGACAGGCAAGUGCCUUUGAUUGAUGAGAUUGAUACUAAGGUUGACAGAGCCAAUGCUGACUUAAAAAAUACCAACGUGAGGCUUAAAGAUACCAUAAAUCAGCUGAGGUCAAGUCGCAACUUUUGCAUAGAUAUUAUCCUGCUUUGCAUUAUACUCGGAAUUGCUGCUUAUCUUUACAAUGUAUUGAAGAAGUGAGAUGCUUUUGAGUGGAGCAUUUGAUCUGUGUGCCAGCCUGAGAUAUUCUUAUGUACAUGAAAAUGUAUCAUCCCUUCACAUUCCAUAUUUUGUUGCUGCUAUGAAUUUAGUUUGAGCUGUGUUGACCUUUUUACCACUCUUUGUGUUAACGUUAUGAUGAAGUUGUAGAUUCUUCUAUUGUAUUAGUCUGAUUGUGUUAUAGGUAUUGUUGAUGUAUUCUGUGUAAAUCUUAUUUCAACUUUGAAUGAACCUUAUUCAAACUUGCAAUUCAAUUAUUUUAUAUA